UAUAUCUUCCUGUUUCGAGCGAACGAGGGCUGUUUGAUCUCUUCUAGUCUCGCUCGUAAUGCCUAUUCAUGGACUUGCUCCUUCAACGCGACCCGUCUACCCGCCUCACUUUCAUAUCGAGGCCGUCAUUCGUCCAAACAUCCUAGACCUUCACCCGUAUCGAUGCGCACGAGAUGACUAUCAGUCUGGAAUCCUGCUCGACGCAAAUGAGAACGCACUUGGGCCUUCCAUUCCGUCAUCCUUGCUCGAUAGAGAAGACGGCUAUCUGGACCUCCAUCGUUACCCGGACCCGGCCCAGAGUGCCAUUAAAACGCGGAUAGCCAACCUGCGGAAGCUGCCUGGCUCGGAAUAUAUCUUUCUUGGCGUCGGGUCGGAUGAAGUGCUGGAUCUCCUUAUGCGAGUUUGCUGCACUCCAGGAAAGGACAAGGUGCUGAUCACUCCGCCGACCUAUGGCAUGUAUUCUGUUUGCGGCCAGGUCAAUGAUGUGGCACUAGUGAAGGUCCCUCUUGUCGUAGAGGCAGGCGCCUUUCAACUUGAUCUUCCAAAGAUGAAAAGAGCCCUGGAGAGUGAUCCAUUGAUCAAGAUGGUCUUCCUCUGUUCUCCGGGCAACCCAACGGGCACAUUGAUCCCCAUUUCCGAUAUCAAAGAAGUUCUAGAGCUACCUUCAUUCCAUGGCAUUGUAGUUGUGGAUGAAGCUUACGUCGACUUCGCCGGGGAUGGUACCAGUGCAUGCGCUUUGGUCGAGAAGUACGCGAAUCUGUGCGUUAUGCAAACACUGAGCAAGAGCUUUGGACUGGCAGGCAUUCGACUCGGUAUUGCCCUUGCACAACCGCCCUUGAUACAAGUAUUAUCUAAUACCAAGGCACCUUAUAAUAUAUCUGCACCGUCGGCCCGCUUGGCGUUGUCAGCACUUUCAGAGGAAGCUCUUGCGCUGAUGCGACAGAAAGUCGCCACGCUUAUUGCUUCAAGGGCGCGGCUUCUGGAAGAUUUGAAGGAAUUGCAAUCCUUGUCACUGGCACCUGCAAUUGGUGGGAAUCAUGCCAAUUUCCUCCUGGUGCCCGUGUUGAACCCAACAACGGGCAAACCGGACAGCCCUCGGGCACAGAAGAUCUACAGUCGGAUGGCGGAGAAGGAGGGUGUGGUUAUUCGCUAUCGAGGAAAUGAGUACGGUUGCGAAGGCUGCCUGCGAAUAACCGUAGGUUCAGAGGAGGAGAAUAACGCGUUGAUAGAAAGAUUGAGGUUCACAAUGACUAGUAUCUGACAUCUCCAUAGAUGGGGGGAGGGUGGACGGAUAUGAUAAUAAUGUUUGAGAUAUAGAUCUACAGCACCAAGUAUAAACUAGAAAAUGCAUCAGGUAACGAGACAACUUAUCCACAGGUGUGCCCACGCAUCGCUAUCUAAUUGUACAAUCUCUCAUAGAAGCACAAGUAUGCUUUCGCCUUCAAGACCUCAUCAAAUGAAACUAAUUUCACUGUGGUAUCGCUGAUAUAGCACCACUGCCGAUCAGACUUCUUCGACCCCUCCUUUUCUUUGUCCUUUGAUUCGACUUUAUUGAACAUGGUGACUUUCGAGGGUGGAAGCGCGGUGUAGGCGAUGUAAUGGCCGCCAAGCAUGCUCCCAAUGUGGACCACAACUCCAUAUAAGCGAUACAUAAGCGGUUCGUCUUCACGCCUGCGUGGAGCAGUUGGGCGGCCUCUGCCUGCUUUCAGGCCGUAGUCCUCCCGGCGUGGAGCUAUGAAGGGACCCAUAUCAAGCAUCUCCGGAAAGCUGAUGAAAUCCUCAAUCUUCUUGAGAUUACCGAAGAAUGGGGUCGAAGACUUUGAAAGCUGCUCGAAACGCUUCAGAUGCACGACCAAAAUUGGAGGAGCAGACGCUAUGAGAUAACGCUUGAGAGCACGGCGAUGGACGACUUGUUGGGAUCGGGGAACUCGUGCCUUGCUCGGCUGCCGCGCAGGCUGUAACGGAGGUGUAGAUGGACGUGAGCCGGGACGGGAUCCCAUUUCAGAAGGGGGACCGGAGGGCUCUACUUCCGAUUCCACGUAAUCACUAUCGGACGUUACUCCGCUAUCUAUGUCCGACAGUGGACUGGGCCGACGCGGUCGACGACUGAUAUGUGCGGGUGCGGGUAGAAGGAAAGAGUUGCGAGUAUAC